CAACAACACAAACGCUGCAGCCAGUAAGUCUCUUGACACAGUUAGCAUGAGAUCAGCCGACUCUGCGCAGCGAUGAAGCUCCUGCUCCUGGUUUCCAUGGUGAUGGCCAAGGCCCAUGGACAAUAUUCUGCGGUCAACUGCCAGUGGGGACAGUUCAGCCCCUGGAGUGAGUGUGAGGGCUGUAACAACACUCAGACUCGCUGGAGAUCAGUGGUGGAAUACGCUCAGUUCGGAGGUCGCCAGUGCAGUGGUUCCAGAUUUGAAAUUCGAGCGUGUGCCUCUGCCAGAGGUUGCCCUGUGGAUGAGGGCUGUGCAGAUCGCUUUCGAUGUGCUUCAGGGCAGUGUGUCAGUGAGGCCCUGGUGUGUAAUGGAGAUGAGGACUGUGAGGGAGAUGGAGCUGAUGAAGCAAACUGUGGGGAUCGCAAGAUGGCGUGUGACAUCGAUAAAAUCCCACCCCAGGCAGAACUAACGGGGAAUGGCUUUGAUAUUAUUAGGGGAGAAUUUCGGGGACCUGUAAUCAAUACCAAAUUUUUUGGUGGAACUUGCCGGAAGAUUUUCAGUGGAGAUAACCGGGAAUACUACCGUCUCCCAGAGAGUAUUCUACAGUACACCUUCCAGGUCAAGGCCCAGAAUGAUUUCAAGUUUCAGAUGUACGAGAGCAGCUGGUCAUUUCUGAAAACGACAUCAGGGAAAUACGAUGAGUCGGGCAAGGGAUGGUUCUCCAGUUAUUCCCAGAGACACGAUGAAUUUUUCAGCAAAAACAACCAGAAAUCAAAGGUGCAGAUCUACCUGAACGUGGAGAACGAGGUGGAGGUGGUCCAGUUCAUCAACAGUCGCCCGGAUAAGCUGCAGAUUCCCAGCUCCUUCCAUCGGGAGCUGCUCCUGCUUCCCCCCGUCUACAAUCAUGGAGCCUACCGCAGAAUCAUCGAGCUCUACGGGACCCAUUACCUACGGCAGGGCUCGCUGGGGGGCAAGUACAACAUGCUGUUCCUGGUGGACAAAGACAGGAUGAGCAGAUCAGGGAUAACGAAUGAAGACAUGGAAAAAUGCUCACAAACAUCCAUCAAAUUGUUCAUUAUAAAAUACGACAAGGCCAAGUGCAAGCGUUACCAGGAUGCCCUCAAGACGGCCAUGGGUAAGAGGAUCUCACUUAUUUCACCUUCAGAUCAGCUUAGCAACCAGAUGCUGGAGGUUUUUAACCACAGCAGCGGAAUAGGCCUUCCUUAA